AUGAUGAGAUUUUCCGUGCUUCUAUUUUCUCUUCUUUAUACAACCAUGGUUUCUGCUGCUACUGCUGCUGCUGGCGAUAAUCGCCCGUUGCUUCAUUAUACCCCAGAAAAGGGGUGGAUGAACGAUCCAAAUGGCUUGUUCUAUGAUAAAAAAGCUGAUCUUUGGCAUAUCUACUUUCAGUAUAACCCUCAUGACCCUUUUUGGAAUCAACCAUUGUACUGGGGGCAUGCUACUUCUAAAGACUUGACUACAUGGAACCAUGAAAAAUUGGCAAUUAGCCCUGACCGUGAUGACGAAGGGAUAUUCUCCGGUAGUAUUGUUAUUGAUCAUAAUAAUACCUCGGGCUUUUUUGACGAUUCAAUUGAUCCAGAUCAAAGGGUGGUUGCAAUUUAUACAAACAAUGCAGAUAUUCAAACCCAAGAUCUCGCAUACUCUCUUGAUGGGGGUUAUACUUUCACUAAAUUCCAUAAUAAUCCGGUGCUUGACGUGAACUCAACCCAGUUCAGAGACCCAAAAGUUUUCUGGCAUCAACACUCUAAUCAAUGGAUUAUGGUUGUUGUUAAAUCUCAAGAAUAUAAGGUUCAAAUUUUUGGUUCUCCCGAUUUGAAAAAUUGGAAAUUUCACUCUAAUUUCACUGCAGGAUAUCCUGGAUUCCAAUUUGAAUGUCCAGGUUUAAUUGAAAUUCCAAUUACCGGUACUAAUGAAUCCAAAUGGGUGAUGUUUAUUGCAAUUAAUCCCGGUUCUCCAGUGGGUGGUUCUACAAAUCAAUAUUUCAUUGGUGAUUUUGAUGGGGUUGAAUUCAAGCCAAUUGAUCACUUUACUAGAUUUGUAGAUCUUGGUAAAGAUUAUUAUGCUUUACAAACUUUCAGUGACGUUGAAAAAGCUGAUGGGGUCCUCGCCAUUGCUUGGGCUUCUAAUUGGCAAUACGCAAAUAACGUUCCAACAAAAGAAUGGAGAAGUUCAUUAUCAUUGACUCGUAAUUUCAGUUUAGACUAUGUUGCUGCUAACCCAGAAUCAAAACUAUUAACGUUAAUACAGACUCCUGUUUUUCAAACUGACGUUGCCAAAACUUUGGAAAAAAAAAAUAUUACAUUAAGUGCAAAUGAUUCAAUUGAUUUUGAAGCAGAUUCGGGUGUUUUUGAAUUCGAAUUAAAAUUUAAAGCUAUAAAUGCUCUUGCUCAUUCUGAUCUUGCCAAUUUAGAUUUAUACAUAAGCUCUGCUGAUGGUAAAGAAUCCAUUCGUUUUGGUUAUGACCCUGUAGGGCAAUCUUUUUACCUUGAUAGAUCCAAUACUCCAUACAAAAAUCCUUAUUUCACUGGACAAUUAAGUGCUUAUGUUGAACCUUCAUCCGAUGGCCAAUAUAAGAUAUACGGGGUGGUUGAUAGAAAUAUCAUCGAAUUAUAUUUCAACGACGGUGUCACUGCUAUGACUAAUACUUUCUUUAUGAGUGAAGGUAACACUCCUUCCAGAGCUCAACUCAAAACUAAUUUCGAUGACGAAUUUUACAUUGAAAGUAUUUCAUUUAAUGAAUUAUCCGUUUAG